UUAAAGUUCCUGUAGCUAACUCGUUUUUGAGAAGUACAGGCUUCUAUAAGUGCAUUGGAAGAAUGAUUUCACAUUCUUUUCUACAUGCUGGAUCACCACUAUUUGGAAUUUCUAAAGUAGUUGUUGAUUAUUUGGUAUGUGACAAAGAUGAGAUUCUUUUAAUAGAAGUUGUGGAUAUACCGGACAUUCACCUGAGGAUUGCAUUGAAUGAGUUGAACAGCCUUGGCAAAGAUGAAGCUCCUGGAACUGCAUUGAAAGAUGUUUUAACUCAGUACAGAGCUGAAGCUUCAAUUUUAGAUACAUCAUUCUCUGUUGCAAAUCGUCAUGUUAUUGCCCAGCAAAUCAUGUUACAUGUUGUCAUUACUUGUAGAAAAUCAAAGUUGCAAGAUCUAGCUGAUGGAAUGAAUGAGUUUGGACUGAUUGAUUUCCUGAAAAAACACAAAGAUGUUGUUCAACCACAACUUUUCCACAAUAAACUGCUUCUCUUAUUCAUAAAGGCGCCUUAA